AUAAAGCCUAAACCAGAUCAAAUACGUGACUCACAAACAUCAAUUCUGUAGUGGAUUGGUUGAGGCCGGGGUCAAUAACACCCUCCAAAAUCAGCAUUGUUAGCAUCUACUGCAGUGAGACUCCAUCUGAUAGGCAAAAUGAACUAUUUAUGUGAGUUUAUGACAUGUAGAAUGUAAUACUCAUAAUAUUAUGCACAUUGACGAUGCAUUGGAACCCCUGUACUUCGAUCUUUUACACCAGUAACUAGCUUCCCCGCAGUGUUUUGCAUGGUCUCAUCUGACUAGAAGUUGUUUGCACUGUCCUUUACCUGGCUUUGUUUCAAAACAAGUAACUAGUACUGAUGUGACAAUAGCACUGCACUGCUUUCAAGAGAAUAUUUCCUGCAUAUUUGGCGCAGUCCUGCUCAUAAAAAGUUCACUGCCCUACUUAAAAAAAACUUAUGUAAGAACAAUAUGUCUUCAUAAAACUGACAGAGGAAAUUGCUUGAAAGCAAGAUGAGCUCUUCUGUGUGUGUGUUAACUAAAGAGGACGGAAGUAACAGAUCUAAAGGAGAAGAUAAAGAGGCUUGUAUAUACACUAUGAUACCAACACAAACAGGAGAUUUGGCCUUGAUAAGGAAAUGAAGGAAAAGGGCGCAGCUCAAAUAAACCAUAACCGAUGCACCAGUGCAUCCCUCGCCCUCCUCGCUCUCCAACCGAAACUCUCGCCAGCCGUUGCUUCUGGACACACACGGGGAGAUGAAAGUCAGAGGGCAGCUGCAGAGGCAUUUCUGAAAGAGCAGCAGGGAAAGGCAUUCCGUGAAUUUUCUCAUCAGAGUUGGGAUCAGGACUUAAACACAGCCCAUCAAGGCUCACAAGAAUUCUCUGAGGUUGCAGAGCUCAGCUGCAAAAGAACAACAGCGGACGUUUAGAUCAGACGCUUCAAAUCUGAAGGAACAAACACGACACCCAAGGCAAUUACAGGUUAUGGUAGAGUGAGGAUCGGCCAGAGGUGGCUCAGAAAUUGGGAUUCUGGGCGUGGGAGCUUUGCGCUCCUGUGGUGGACAAGUGAGGCAGAGCAUCCACAGAUGUUCAGAUAGAGAUUUAGUGUCUGUGAGGUGGAGGCUGACUGCGCAGUGAGAAGAGAAAGUACAGGAAAAGCAAGGAGUUCUGUUUCUAUGAGGAAUGACGGGAACGAAAGACAAGGUCUGGUAGAUCCUCAACGAGACUUUCGCUCAUUUUCAGGAUGAAAAAGUUACUUUUUCAGCUGAGGAAAAAGUAACUUUUUUAACACAUUCAUUUCUUCAAGAGACCAAUGAAGGAAACGGAUCAAAUCAAGGACCUGACCUGGGAUUUUGACCAAUCCUGGGACUCGAUCAUUAAACCAGCUGCAUGCCUUUGCCUCAACUCCUUGGAUUUCUCUGACCUCUUCGAUGAAGACGACAGUGAAGAGGACGAGCAGCUCCUUACAUCACCACCAAGUCAACACCUGUCCGUGGCACCUCCUCCGCCACCUCUUCCACCGCCUCUUCCUCCACCUCCCGCUUUACCUUCACCAUGUAAAGGUGCAGGAAUUAAGAGCCACACCUUAAAGCUUCACUGGAGGGAACUCCAGAACCUGACCCCGCUUCCCAGGAUGACACGCUUUGGGAAGCAGACUAUAUGGGCCGGGCUGGAGCCAGUGCAGCUGGACAAGAACCGUCUGGAGUAUUUGUUUGAGUCUAAGGCCACCAGUACCAGUUUUAAGGUGGUUUCUGGGCGGCAGAAGCUGUCGACUAUUUCAGUGCUGGGCAUGAAGCGCAGUAACAUCAUAACCAUCGCCCUGAGCAGCCUGCCUCCACCUCGCCUCCUCCCUCCUGCUAUCUACAGCAUGGACAGCAGCGUGCUGGACAGAGAGGACAUUCAGCGACUUGAAGCUCUGAUCCCAACAGAGGAAGAGCUUUCUCUGAUCAACGAAGCCAAGGCCCAGAACCCCCACGCUCCCCUGGCCCAGGCUGAACUGUGUCUACUCACCCUGGGGGAAAUACCUCACCUGAGUACGAGACUUCAGCUCUGGACCUUCGCUCUGGACUACGACUCCUUAGAGAAGGAAAUCGCUGAGCCUCUGUUCCACCUAAAGCUGGCCAUGGAACAGCUGGCCGCCAGCCAGACCUUCAGGUGCAUCCUAGCGACCGUGUUAGCCAUCGGUAACUUUCUCAACGGCUGUAAGGCCCGUGGCUUUGAGCUGAGCUACCUUGGAAAGCUGUCCCAGGUGAGGGAUACGCACACGCGCCAGCCGCUGCUGCACCACGUCUGCGUGCUCCUGCUGCAGCUCUACCCACAAUCCUCUGACCUCUACUCUGACAUCACCGCCGUCACUAAAGCCGGCAAGUGUGACUACUCUCUAGUCCAGUCCAACUUUGCACAGUUAGAGGCCAUGUGCAAAGCAUCCUGGGAGCAGUUGAAGGUUCUGGAAAAGGCUGAGGAAAAGAGGAAAGGAGGAAAAGGAGAUAAGCGGAAAGGGAAAGACGUGGAGAUGUUCGCUCCAGAAGGUUCGCUCCGUCACAAACUGCCCAAGAUCCUGAAGGAGUGCGAGGAGCGGCUGAAGGUCCUGAGAGCCGUUCACCGUCGGGUUAUCAACAGGUUCCACUCGUUCGUCAUGUUCCUGGGUUACUCCCGAGCCAUGGUGCGAGACACCAGAGCAGAGGACUUCUGCAGGACCAUCAGCAACUUCUCGCUGGAGUACAGGGCCAUGAGGCAGGCCGUCCUUCUGCAGAGGGAGCGGGAGAAGGAGCGGCAGAAGAUCGGAGGUGAAAGCCCGGAGCCCAGCACGCCUGUGGGCAGGAGGAAAGGUCAGCUAACUCCAGCGUCACAGGAAAGUGAUGAACAAAGCCGCCUGGAGGAAGUGCUGAGAACGCCAGAGUCCGUUCCGAGGAGGGAUGGGACUUUACCACGAAGCCGCCGACGGAUGGCUGACAUCAAAGAUUCGUUUUCAAGAAAACUGAAGGCAUGACCUUGCUGAUGUUCCCUGUUAGUCACUGGAGAAAGUUAUUUAUGAUGUUGCCGUUACACUGAAAUGUUGAUCUCUUAUAUUCCCAUAUUUUACAGCCGGUGCAUUUUGCAGCAGAGCCUUUGUCGAAUACAUGGGAAACUUUGAGUUGAGGAUGAAUUUUGUAAUUUGCAUGAGUCAAACUAUUGUUAUUGUUGUUUUUAUAAACAGCUAAAUUGAAGUUAGACUGAAAAAAAAUAUCCUUAUGAAAUAACUGAUGCUAAUAGUUUUGAUUUCAAUCCGUUUUUGACUAUCAAGCUAAAGCAACAGCUAGAACCAGAUGUUUACAUAGACACAUAUUUUGCUCACGGUCUGGCACUUAAUGCAAUAAACUUUUUCUGUUUUCAGUCAAAAAUAUCACAAGCAUUGUGUAACAGUAAAAAUGUGCAUUUGCAUAAUAUCUAAAUUAGCAUUUUGUGGUCAUAAAUUGCUG